GACUUGGGUUCAGCAACGGGCCUCUCGGCUACAUUGAAAAUGUCACUCUGUCGGGUUGACAGCUGUGAGAAUGCGGUGCUUCUGCGUUGCCUUUGGCCACACACACACCACCACAUCAACCACACCAUUGUCCCAAGAAUCUCUAUGCUUUGGAAACGCGCGGCGGGUGCUCUGAAGCCAUUGGCUGUCAAGAUGGUUGUGCCGCAGCCGGGAGCUGCCCCCCCAGGCUUGCAGCUUGCAGUCCUCAAAUCCUUUGACUGCGUGUUUUUUCUUUUCCCUUCACACCUCUUGACUGUUCGCCGGCUAUGCUCGUUUGGGACUCCUAGACAGGUCAUAGCAACACUGCUGCUUGCGUCGAGGGGGCAGCAAAAGAAGGAAAUGCGGGUUGCUUUUAUCACAACUUCCAAGGAGACGCCCGAUAUAGGAGAUGCAGGAGCUUGCAUCAAUAUUCCCACAGCAUUUCCAGCCACCUUGCUUCAGGAACACUCCGAUCCUGAGAGGGAGGGGGGACCACGAUCGGGUCAAUGGGCAAACAGUUUGGGAUUUCAUGAGAGGCACGGGUGCUGGUUGUUGCGGCACGAUGCUCAUGCUCAACCAGUGUUGAUUUGUGCUGUCUGUUUGGUAUCGGUCUUUUGGUAG